AUGCUUGCUACACCACACCCCAGAGCCCUUCGCUACCCCCUGCAGGACCUGGUGAAAUCCUGGGUCUCCUGCCAGGCUCACACUCAGACAUCCAGAGUCAACAUCAUGAAGUGGUUGUUUCUCCAGCUGCUGACACUCUGCUGCCUGGUGAUCUCGCCAGCAGCAGGAAGUUUUAACAACUACGCUGAGUCUCAUCCUGAGCGUCGAUCAAACAUUAUAAUAGAACCGAGACUGAGACGAUGCACGAGGCUUCCCAGUGACCACGAGUGUGGCAGAAAGUGCACACGUGACUGGCAAUGCGAUGUGGGCUAUGAAUGCUGCUAUUCUUUCUGCAAUACUAUCUGCAUGAAUGUCAGAAAAGCUGUGAAACCAGGAGUGUGCCCCCAUGAGAGGAUCACCUGUGAAACUAAAGUCCCAGAUUUGUGCAAAACUGAUGAGCAGUGCAUAGAACAGACGAAAUGCUGUUCAUUCGCCUGUGGGAAGAAGUGCAUGGAUCCGCUCAAAGAACCCUGCCUGCUACCCUUAGACCAAGGAAGAUGUAACAUUAAUAUCACGCACUGGUAUUUCGACAAUAAAUAUCGCCUCUGCAAACCCUUUACCUAUGGAGGCUGCCAUGGGAAUGCCAACAACUUCAUCAGUGAGGAACACUGCACAAUGGCGUGCCCGUUAAUUGUCAAGGAAGGACAUUGCCCACUCUUCCCUUUCAAGAGCCGUAUGAAGUGUUCAGCUCUGUGUAAGAGUGACAUCGAUUGCCCCCAAAGUGACAAAUGUUGUGAAUCCACCUGUGGCUUUGUUUGUGCCAUGGCUUGGACAGCCAAAUCAGGGUUCUGCCCGCACAAGCCUGUGGUGUGUUCCAAGCUGGAAAGACCCAAGUGCCUACAGGAUAAUGAUUGCCCAGUGUCACAGAAGUGCUGUUCCCAUUGUGGCCUGAAGUGUCUGGAACCUCAAAAUGAAUAAUCAGUGGAAAAUUUUAUCAUCAAUGUGAUUAAUUGUGAGUAACAUAAGAAAAAGCUAUCAAUUUUAUCUUCUACCAAUUACCUUGCCAUG